CACUUUAGCAAUGAAGUCGUUACUUGUUGCAUGUGUCAUUGUAUUGCUGCUUUUAAUCAACAAUGUUAAUUGCAAACGCAUGUGGGACUACGCUCUCUUAUCCGUUGACACCACCACAUCAGAUCCUAGUAAAUUUAAAAUGGAUGCAGAAGUUGUGCGCAUUAGUCGGACUGAAUACGGAUUUUCCUUAACUCUUAAUUGGAAUUAUGAUCUGGAUGAAACUACAUUUGUCCAGGCUGCUGCUUAUCGCAGUAAUACAGGCAACGAAGAGGAUUAUACUUUAAUGCCCUGGUCCGUACCUAAACAGACAUAUGAGGAAUAUACAAAAUCUUUUUACGAAAGUAUUGUCCAUAAAAAUUUGGCACACUGCUCGAAUUUGCCAACACCGGAUAAGGCGUAUCCCAUACCCAAAGGUACUGUCUACAAAUUCGAUCGAUGUGUCGUAGAUGGAGACGGCAUGCCCGACUAUGCACCCGACGGUUAUUAUAAGGUUGUAUUUAACGCUACGGGUGAGGUGGAGUGGACAGUCACUAUUAUAGUAAAAAUAACGAAAAAAACUGAUCUAUUUGGCUAAAUUAAAAUAAACCUUGUAUACAUAUAUAUAUUUUAAAUAUUGCAUAAUAAAUA